GGGAAGCAGGAGGCGUCAGAGGUUGCUCCGCAGGCGGCCGCUGCAGUGGGCGGAGUCUGGCCGAAGAGAGGACGCAGGCGUCCGGGAACGCCCGGAAGGGGCGAGGCCAGCGGCGGGGCGGGGCUUAUGGAGAUCGCGAGCUUGGCCUGAGGAGAAGGCCGGCUCUCGACUCCAGGCCCUGUCCCCUGAGCUCUGCCCUCGGAUGUCCAACCGCCCAGAGCCUGCAUGCGCCGUGGGGCGCCCCAGGACCAGGAGCUGGUGGGUCCGGGGCCCCCUGGGCGGGGGUCCCGGGGCGCCCCUCCUCCCUUGGGACCCGUUGUCCCGGUCCUGGUCUUUCCCCCGGAUCUAGUAUUCAGGGCGGACCAGCGGAGCGGACCCCGACAGCUGCUGACCCUCUAUAACCCCACAGGAACAGCGCUUCGCUUCCGAGUCCUGUGCACAGCACCUGCCAAAUACACGGUGUUUGACGCGGAGGGAUAUGUGAAGCCUCAGUCUUGCAUUGACAUUGUGAUUCGCCACGUGGCACCCAUUCCCAGCCACUAUGAUGUCCAGGACCGCUUCCGCAUUGAGCUGUCUGAGGAAGGAGCUGAGGGCCGAGUGGUGGGACGCAAGGACAUUACCUCGGUUCUGAGAGCCCCAGCGUAUCCCCUUGAGCUUCAGGGACAGCCGGACCCACCGCCCCACCCAGGGCCUCCUACUGGGACACCACCACCUACGGCCAGACACUUCCAGGAGCACCCCCGCCAGCAACUGGCCACCAGCUCCUUUCUCCUCUUCUUGCUGACGGGGAUUGUCUCUGUGGCCUUCCUGCUGCUCCCACUCCAGGACGAGCUUGGCAGCCAACUGCCUCAAGUCCUACACGUCUCCCUGGGACAAAAGUUGGUGGCCGCCUACGUCUUGGGCCUGCUCACCAUGGUGUUCCUCCGUACCUGAGCUCCCUGCUCAACCCCCAGCCCACCCCACCCUCCCUGGGCCGGGUCUUGAGGCAGCCACUGUGAUGCUCAUACCUUACCUUGCCUCCUGUCCUCUUCUCUUUCCUGACCACUCCCCCCUCCUCCCCACCAAAAAAUACCUAGGGAUUUGUACUCAUUUUCCAAGUCAAAUAAAAUAAAUUUUUAAAAUGAAAAUGA